CAACUUUGCUUCCUCCUCUUAUCUAAACCUUCCUUCCCCUCUUUCUUGAUAAACCCAUCAACAAUUAUCUAUUUCAUCAUCUGGGUGUUUGAUAAAAAUUCAAUCUUUAUCUGGGUGUUUGAUAAAAAUUCAAUCUUUUUUAUUAAUGGGUCUAAAAGGCUCAAUCUUCUUGAUUGAGAUUAUUGUUUUUUGGGGAUUUUUGAGUGUUCAAGGGCACAUAAAAACAACCCUUGAAGGACCCUUUAAGCCUGUGACUAUUCCUCUGGAUGAGACAUUUCGAGGGAAUGCUAUUGACUUGCCUGAUGAUGAUCCCAGAGUUGUGAGGAUUGUUAAUGGAUUUCAGCCUGAGCAAAUCUCUCUGUCUCUUUCCUCAACUUUUGAUUCUGUUUGGGUUUCUUGGGUCACAGGGGAGUAUCAAAUUGGGAAAGACAUAAAGCCAUUAGAUCCAGAAUCUGUGGCAAGUGUUGUUCGAUAUGGAGAAGAAAGUUCUUCACUGAAUUAUGAAGCGAAAGGGAACUCACUUAUUUACAGUCAACUUUAUCCAUUUGAAGGCCUUAAUAACUAUACGUCUGGGAUCAUACACCAUGUUCGGCUUACAGGGUUGGACCCUGAUACAAAGUACUAUUACCAAUGCGGAGAUCCUUCUAUCGAAGCAAUGAGCAAAAUUUUUAGUUUUAGGACCAUGCCUGUUUCUGGUCCAACGAGUUACCCGAAGAAAAUAGCAGUGCUAGGGGAUCUGGGUUUAACAUAUAAUUCUACUUCUACUGUCGACCACAUCAAAAGUCACUCUCCUGAUCUUGUUAUCCUGGUUGGAGAUGUAACUUAUGCUAAUCUGUAUCUGACAAAUGGAACUGGAUCUGAUUGUUAUUCGUGCUCAUUUCCAGACACUCCUAUACACGAGACUUAUCAACCUCGAUGGGAUUACUGGGGAAGGUACAUGCAGCCUUUAUUGUCUAAAGUUCCUAUAAUGGUGGUGGAAGGGAAUCAUGAGAUAGAAGAGCAAGUUCAUAACAAAACAUUUGAGGCUUACAGCUCUCGAUUUGCGUUCCCAUCUGAAGAGAGUGGAUCGAAAUCAACAUUCUACUACUCGUUCGAUGCAGGUGGCAUACAUUUUGUGAUGCUUGGUGCAUACACGGCAUAUGAUAAGUCAGCUGAGCAAUAUAAGUGGUUGGAAAGCGAUCUGGCUGAAGUUAACAGAAAAGUAACUCCAUGGCUUGUAGCUGUUUGGCAUCCGCCCUGGUACAGCACCUAUGUAGCGCACUACAGAGAGGUAGAUUGUAUGAGAGUAGAAAUGGAAGAACUACUAUACAAGUCUAGGGUUGAUAUUGUCUUCAAUGGACAUGUUCAUGCUUAUGAGAGGUCAAACAGAGUGUACAACUACAACUUGGAUCCUUGUGGUCCUAUUCAUGUGACGAUAGGCGAUGGUGGUAACAGAGAAAAAAUGGCAAUAUUGCAUGCCGAUGAGCCUGGUAACUGCCCAGAACCAUCUACUACUCCAGAUGAUUUUAUUGGUGGAUUUUGCGCAUACAACUUUACAUCAGGUCCUGCUGCUGGCAAGUUCUGUUGGGACCAGCAGCCUGAAUAUAGUGCUUAUAGAGAAAGUAGCUUCGGCCAUGGGAUCCUUGAGGUAAAGAACGACACACAUGCUCUAUGGACAUGGCACCGGAAUCAGGACAUGUACUAUGAGGCUGGAGACCAGAUUUACAUUGUAAGGCAACCUGACGAGUGCCCAGUUGAAGAGAAGGAAACUAAGCUUUGGGACUCUAGUCGAUAAAGCGCCUCAAAGGAUUUCUCGUAGUCCUCAUGUUCAAGUACACAACUCUAGUUGCGCUACUAAUUCUGUGUAUUACAUAAAGUUGAAGAUGGCAGUUUAAACAGAUAGAAUCAUACAAUGAGCUAAUAUACGGGGUUCAGACAGCCUACCCCAUAGACUUGAGGAUGAAAUAUCAGAUUAAACAAGUUUAUGUUUAUACUGUGAUUGUACUGGUAAAA